CUUUUGAGUUGGGCGAUAUGACAUGGGCGCUAGGCUUGCGGCUGCCGGAACAUGCUGCUGUGAAGAGGGCGAGGCAAAUACCCUGGUUACAUCACGCCGGCGACGAGUUCCUGGCCGCGAACCCGUGCUUCGUAUCCGGAUUGCAGGAUGUUUUUGAUUCAGUGCAGAAUACCUGCAGUGCUGAUGACAUUUCCUCAGUUGUAACUUCCCCGAACUCUACAGACAUAUUCUCCAAGCCUCCGCAAGAAAUCAAGUUAGAAAUUCUACUGCAGCUUGAUUCCUGGGAUAUCGCCAACCUGCGCCUAUCAUCACGAACAUUCCACCAUCUCCUCCCGCAAUCGCUCUUCUACCAUCUAACCCUGCGCGAACUCCCCUGGCUGUACGAAGCAUGGACAUGCGCUCCGCUGUUAUUCUUCGUCACGACAACGGCAGCAGAGCAGCGAAAACUCGGCAAGCCCUUGUACAACGUUCAGAUGCAAUUGGCCGGACGACGUGAUUGGGAUGAUGGAUCUGAAGACGAUGCAGCAGAAAUCGCGAGGCUGGCCGCUGAAGAAGUCGAGCUUGCAGAGAAGCAGAGGCAGAGUUACAGGUUUACGCCAGUGAGGAUGCUGGAUUGCAGGAGGACGAAUUGGACGCGAUUGCGGGGGGAGUUGAGCCGACGGUUGGGAGAAUUGCCGGGGCUGAAGAACAGAAGGAGGAUCUGGAAGAAUUGCCAGGAAAUCAUGGACCGUGCAGAAACAAUCGUGUACUGA